CAUCAUUCUUUGUUUGAUUUGUAAUGCCUAAAGAACACAAGCGAAGAAGACAUGCUCAUCAUCAACCUCUGGGAAAGGAGAUUGAUGAAGACAACAAGACCUACAAAGAAGUGAAGACUCGUAAAGAGGAGAAACCGAAGGACGAAAGCUAUAUUCCUUCCGACCUGUCUCGAAAGAUUCUGAACAUUGCUCACGAUCAGCAGAUGGAAAUUAAGGAGGAUGAUAUGGACCAGGAGGCAAACACGGAGCAGGACUUCCAUUUCAAGGUUCCUACUGCCGAAGAUGAGGACGAUAUGGACGAUUUAAGUUCUGAUGAGGGAGAGGUGGAGGAAUUCAUCAAGGAUUACCACAUCGAAGAGGAAGAUGAUAAAGCCCUGAAUAUGUUUUUCGCCCCCGACAAUCGCGAAAAGCAGAACCUCGCCGACCUAAUCCUGCAAAAGAUCUACGCCAAGGAGGCGCAGCUGAACCCAACGCCCACCUCCCAGCUCGACGAGAAGGUAAUCAAAGUCUACACGUCGGUUGGGAAGAUUCUCCACUUUUAUCGAGCCGGCAAGCUUCCCAAAGCCUUCAAAAUCAUUCCUUCUCUCUCCAACUGGGAGGAAAUCCUCUGGAUCACAGAGCCGCAGAACUGGUCGCCGCAGGCGAUGUUUGCCGCCACGCGCAUCUUCGCCUCCAACCUGAACGCCAAGCUGGCGCAGCGUUUCUACUCCUCGGUGCUCCUCCCCGCGGUUCUCGACAAUAUCCAGCAGUACAAGAAGCUGAACUACCAUUACUACCAGUCGCUGAAGAAGGCGAUGUACAAGCCCGCCGCGUUCUUCAAGGGCAUUCUGCUCCCGCUCUGCGAGGGAGAGUGCACGCUGAAGGAGGCGAUCAUCGUGAGCUCGGUGGUGGCGAAGGUGUCGAUUCCGAUGGCGCAUUCGGCGGCGGCGCUGCUGAAGUUGACUCAGUUGCCGUAUUCCGGAGCGGUGUCUCUGUUUAUGAUGGUGCUGCUGAAUAAGAAGUAUUCGCUGCCGUACGUGGUGAUCGACGCGUUGGUGGACUAUUUCCGCAUGUUUGAUUCGGAUGAUCGCGAGCUGCCGGUGCUGUGGCAGCAGUCGCUGCUGACGUUCGUGCAGAGAUACAAGACGGAGCUGACGAGCGAGCAGAAGGAGAUGCUGAAGCCGGUGCUGAAGAAGCAUUUCCAUCAUCAGAUCACGCCGGAGAUUCGACGCGAGUUGUUUACCACGAGUUGUAGAGGAGAGAAGGUGAAGGAGAUGGAUGUGGAGUCGUUUUGGUGUGUUUGUUCGAAACAAAAGAGGAAGCGAGGAAGGCGGUGA